AUGUUGGAAAUAUUGACAACUCAAAUAGGGGAAAAAAAGAUGAUAACAGAUUCAAAAAAAAGGGGAGAGCGUGAUGAUAACGAUAUCAAUGACGAUGAUGAUAACAGUAAUGCUAGUAUCCGUAGCAAUGGUAGGCAUGGUAACAAAAGAGACUUCUAUUAUAAAAGGGAUCGGAUAACGAACAGACAUUCCACCCAAGUAGAAAUGAAAAAAUCAUCUGAAAAAUAUUAUAACGAAACGAAGAAAAAUCGUGAAAAAAGAAAAUUUGAAAAUUUUCCAGAAAUGUAUGAUAGAACAAUGUACUGUAAAAGGAGGAGGGAAAAAAAGGAGUCACAUGAAAAAUCACGUUAUGAUUAUUAUAAUAAACGAAAAAACGAAAAAAUUUAUUUUUCAUGUACUGACUAUUACACAAGGAUAUAUGAUAGUAACAAAAAGUCGUCGUACAACAUACGAAGUGAUCAUAUUCUUCAUACCUAUAUGGAUAAGAAGUCUACAGAUUACAAAAAUAAUGAUGGAUUAGAGAAAUGUACAUAUGAUGAGGAACAUUUUAGCAAAAGACAGAAAAGGAAAAUAGAGUAUAAGGGUGCAGUAUAUGAUAAGGGUGCAGCAUAUGAUAAGGGUGCAGCAUAUGAUAAGGGUGAAGCAUAUGAUAAGGGUGCAGCAUAUGAUAAGGGUGAAGCAUAUGAUAAGGGUGCAGCAUAUGAUAAGGGUGAAGCAUAUGAUAAGGGUGCAGCAUAUGAUAAGGGUGCAGCAUAUGAUAAGGGUGCAGCAUAUGAUGAGUAUAACGUACCAUUUGAGAAGCACACAAAAGGGAAUAUCAAAAAAAAGGAUGAAAAGUGCAAAGCGAACAGAAAUAGGAAGAAUUAUGGGGGGAAAAAAGACACACAAAGGGGAGGAUCACAAGGAGGAAGCAUAUGUCAAGGAAGUGCAGCUCGGCAUAAUACAGAUCUGCAAGAUGUGGUUCGGAAAAAUGCGGAUCAACAAAACGCGGAUCAGCAAAACGCGGAUCAGCAAAACGCGAAUCAGCAAAACGCGGAUCAGCAAAACACGGAUCAGCAAAACACAGAUCAGCAGAACGCGGAUCAGCAAAACACGAAUCAACAAGAGGAGGCUCGGAAAACUACGUCUUCACUAAAUACCCCUUCAGGGAGACCCCAGCAAGAAAGCAGAUCAUCCAACCGAUUGAAGAAACAAGAGUAUACAAAAACUAAACAAGGUGACAAGGAAUUUGUAAAUAAUGCGCAGGUUAGGAAAACACCUUGCAUAAAUAAAAACGAUGAUAGUGCAGUUGAAUUUAUACGUUCAGGAAAUGAAGAUAAAUGCACAGAAAAUAGCAGCAGUGAAGAAGAUACUACAGAAGAGUGCGAUGAUCCCAAUGAAUACAUAAGCGACAUAGAGCAAAAUAAAAUUGAUUGUAUAUUAAAUGGAUGUCGAAGUAUAACGAAUUAUAAAAGGUUAAAUAAAAUAAGUGAAGGAACAUAUGGAACAGUAUUCAGGGCUCAAAAUAAAAAAACGAAAAAAAUUGUAGCUCUAAAACAGUUAAAAAAUUUUUCAAGUAUACGUAAUGAAGGAUUUGCAAUAACAUCAUUGAGGGAAAUAAAUAUAUUAUUACAACUUGAACAUGAAAAUAUUUUAUCUAUCAAAGAAGUUGUUAUUGGAAAACAUUUAAAUGAUAUAUAUUUAGUUAUGGAAUAUAUUGAACAUGAAUUAAAAAUGUUACUUGAUAAUAAAUUACCAAGUUUUACCAUAUCCGAACUGAAAUGUUUACUAAAACAAUUAUUAAGUGGAGUUGAUUAUUUACACACAAAUUGGAUUAUGCACAGAGAUUUAAAAACAACAAAUUUGUUAUAUAGCAAUAAAGGAAUUUUAAAAAUUUGUGAUUUUGGUAUGGCAAGAAAAUUUGGUCAUGUAGCUAGCCAUAAUCUUACAAAAAAUGUUGUAACGUUAUGGUAUAGGGCACCUGAAUUAUUAUUAGGUGAAAAAUAUUAUACGAAUAAAAUUGAUAUAUGGAGUGUUGGAUGUAUUUUUGCUGAAAUGAUAUUAAAAAAACCAUUAUUUAUAGGUGAUAAUGAAAUUGAUCAAAUAUUAAAAAUAUUAAAUUUAUUAGGAUUACCAGAUAAAGAAACAUAUCCUGAAUUUUAUGAAUAUUCUUUUAUUUCGAAAAAUAAAGAUCUUUUUAAAAAAAAAAAAAUAAAAAUGAAUGUAAAUAAUAUACGUUCCCACUUUCCAAAUGUAGCUAACCAAUUUUCUGGUUUAUAUUUAUCAGACAGUGGACUUGAUUUAUUACAACAGCUGUUACAUUUUAAUCCAAAAUAUAGAAUAUCAGCGUCCGACGCUUUAAAACAUCCAUAUUUUAGGGAGUUUCCAAAACCACUGGAAAUAGGGGAUAUGCCGAUUAUACCUGACUCGAACAAGGUCAUCCGAUCGAGCAAGUUGACUAACCAUUUUAAUUUAAUCGGCCAAAAUAACAUUCAGUUUCACUCGUAA